AUGGCCAUGGGCCUGGCUAUGUAUUUGAAGUACGUUUGCCCGAGUCUCAUCCCAAGUCCCCAACCAGUGCCCGUCUCAUUCAAAUAUUCUUCUGAAUCCCCUCCUCCACUCGAAAGACCGCUCCAAAGACUUCUCCAAACCUCCCACCAAAAGCAAUUGAAGGAUACGAAGCCGUUACUAACCUGGACAGCCCCCCCCAGCCCCACUCCUAGCCCCGAGGUCCCCGAGCCUCGACCAGACCCCAGUGCCGCAGCCUUGGCGACUGAAGCGAAGAAAGCAAAGGCACUGGCAGUCCGCAUCCAGGAGUUGGAAGAGCAGCUCCGGAGGGAGGCCGAGCGGGCGUCUCGGAGGGAGGAUGCCUGGAUGAGAGCCCAGGCACGCCAGCAAGCCGACUACCAGGCCAAGCUCGCUGCUGCCAGACCGAAAGCCAACGAGCGUGGUGCUGGCCAGUACUUUGCCACGGCCCUUGAGUGGCAGCGCAAGUACGAGGACCCGAGCAAAGAGUACCAGUUGACCAAAGAGUGCCAGUUGGCCCAAGAGAACCCGGCCGAUGAGAAGAAGGGGCGACCCCGCUGGGCCCCAGCUAAGUCGGACCGAGUUGGGAAGCACGGCCAGGUUCGGCCUGGUAAAAGACCAACCGCCAGUGCGCAGGCGGCCGUUGUGAAUGUUUGGUGGCGGAAUCAAUUCGCCGGUCUCGAGGCCCAGGCGCGUCAGGCCAUUGAAGCCAAGGACGCCAGGAUCAACCAGAUCAUGGCCGAGGCGUGGCAGGCGAUCAACGCCAGAGACGCCAGGAUCGAACAGCUCACGGCCGAGUCGCACCAGGCCAUUCAAGCCAAGAACGCGGAGAUCAGCCGCUCCAAUGGCCAGGUCAGCCAGGUCAGCCAAGCCACCACCGCGAUCGACCACGAAAACCAGACACUCCGCAGGCAACUUGACAGCACCCAGGCUCAAUUGAACAUGCUGGCCCAGCAGCAUGGGAAGGUUGAGUCUGGGAAGAUGGUGCCUGCGGAGAAGGUCGCGGAAGAGAUCUGCAGGCUCAAGCAGACUCACAGUGAGGAGCUGCUGGCGGCCAGGAGGGAAUGGGAAGGGAAAGUUCAGACCCAGAAAGCACAGUUGGCUGAGCAACGGGAGGAGCUGGACGACAAGAGCGGGCAGUUGAACAAGCUGCGCUCACUCACCGUCAAGAUCGGCAUGGACGGUGAAGCCAAGAAGAGGGAGGUGGCGGUCCUAGAGGCGCAAAUCGCGCAGCUCGGCGAGCAGCUGCUCAACAAGCAGGCCAUCCAGGGGCAAGUUGAGGAUCUCAUUCAGGAGGUCAUGGCAAACUCGAUGCCCCUGGAUGACUUGCAGGACUACGUCGAGGAAGAGCCUCAGUCCACGGCGGACGACGGGGCUGAAGGCAAUGAGCCAGAUGAGGCCGAGGAGACUGAGGAGCAGAAGGCUAUCAGGGCAGCUACGGAGAGCAUCACCGCCGGCAUGAGUGGUGUUGGAGUCAAGGACUCGGUUACGCGCUCCAUACUGAUCCCACCCUUCUAUUGUUCCCCUCCUUUGUUCAUCUGUUGCUUCUCUCUUCCCUUUCGUGUUUUCCAUAAUUCCCUUCCCUUCCCUUCCCCUCUCUCACCACUUGGUCGAACGGCCGUUACAUCACAGCAUGUCACGUUGGUCACUCACUCUCUUAUGAAUUCCUCGCCUUACCGUUCGUUUGCCGCUCGGCCCCUGGUGCUGAGUCUGGCCAAGCUUAUUGUCAUCGCCAUCUCACAAAUACCGUUCACCUAUGCUUCGCCCAUAUUCUCCCCUCUUUCCCUCUCAUCGCGCGACACAGAACCACCAAAAGAACCGAGCGACCCAAGCUUAUGGCUUAAUUUGGGAAUUUCACUUGCUCUUGUGCUGAGCGGUGGAGCGUUUGCGGGCCUUACGAUUGCCCUGAUGGGACAGGAUGAGGUUUAUCUUCAAGUCAUCAAGACCUCCGGCGAAGGCCCCGAACGGAAGAACGCCGCCAGUGUGCUCAAACUCUUGAAACACGGAAAGCACUGGGUUCUUGUCACGCUCCUCCUCAGCAAUGUGAUCACGAAUGAGACUCUACCGAUCGUUCUUGACCGGACACUGGGUGGUGGUUGGCCGGCGGUGUUAGGAAGUACGGCUUUGAUUGUCAUCUUCGGCGAAAUCGUCCCACAGUCGAUUUGCGUUCGUUAUGGUCUGCCUAUUGGUGCUUGGAUGGCACCUUGCGUCUUGGUCCUGAUGUACAUCAUGUCUCCCGUAGCCUGGCCAAUCGCCAAGUUGCUAGACAGACUACUCGGGGAAGACCAUGGAACCAUUUACAAAAAGGCAGGCCUGAAGACGCUUGUGACACUUCACAAAACUUUGGGUGAAGCUGGGGAGCAACUCAACUCGGACGAAGUGACCAUCAUUAGUGCCGUUCUCGAUCUCAAGGAGAAAUCAGUGGGCACCAUCAUGACACCGAUGGAAGACGUCUUCACUAUGUCUGCCGAUACUGUACUGGAUGAACGCACGAUGGACCUCAUUCUUUCUCAGGGUUACUCCCGCAUCCCUAUCCAUGCUCCUGACAACCCGAUGAACUUUGUUGGCAUGCUCCUUGUCAAAAUGCUCAUUACGUACGACCCUGAAGACUGCAAAAGGGUUCGCGACUUUGCUUUGGCGACACUCCCCGAAACACGCCCUGAGACCAGCUGUCUGGAUAUUGUCAACUUCUUCCAAGAGGGUAAAUCCCACAUGGUUCUUGUCUCCGAAUUCCCUAGCGAGGAUCGAGGCGCCCUUGGCGUUGUCACCUUGGAAGACGUUAUUGAAGAGUUGAUCGGUGAAGAAAUUAUUGAUGAAUCCGAUGUUUUCAUUGAUGUCCACAAAGCAAUUCGACGAAUGGCACCGGCACCAAAAUCGCGGGUCCCCAAAGGCAAGAUUGUCGAAGAGCCUCCUUUGAAUGCCUCUAUCAUCACCGACGGUGAUUUAGUUGACGCCAAUACCUCAAACCCCUCAUCUCUCCCUAAGACUUCCGACUUAAUCCGGCGCCGGAGUUCUGUGGAAGCGCCACUCCCCCGCUUUCAACUUCGAAAACCCAAUGGCGAUGCCACUCCUAACUCGGCAAACGAAUGGGUCACGCAAGUAGGCACCACUGAUGAAAUCCGGGAACAUCUGAAACAUCUUGGUCCCUCCAACCUGGCCAGUCGUCCGCGACAAACCCGUUACCACACUGUCAAGAUCAAACGCAGCAGCGCCUCUCCAUCCCGUUCUGCACAAACCGAUCAUGAGUCUGCGCGAAGCACGACCGAAUCUCAGAAGCUUAUCCCAUCUUCCACUGGCUAUCAAGGGGGCAUUGGCGCUGGUUUACUGAACUCGGCGGGACAAGAUGCCAAAGAUGGCGCGCAUGCUCUGAAAAUCGGCUACGGCACCAUGCCUUCGCAUGACACUAUGAGCAAGAGUACCAGUGCUCAGCAAUACAAAGAUCUUCCCCAAGUUUCUAUUCCCGAGCCUGUCCAUGAGGAACAUGAAGACCAACCGCGUUCUGGGUCGACGCGGGAGGCUAAUAGUGAUUCUCAUGGGGAGUACGAAGACCAGACGCGUUCUCGGUCGACGCAGAAGGCUAGUAGUACCGAAGGCAGUGUUCAAUCGUCCGAUUCACCUCCGUCGUUUCCUUAUCGGCAUCGCGGUCCAGCCCGCAGUGGUAGUAUCACCGAACAGGUCGUGGAUGUGAAUGGUAUUCGCAAGGUCGUCCUCCAUGCCAACCGCACGAGUUCUUCAGACGGCGAACCCAAUUCCCCCGGCCAACAUCGCGAUCAUAAGCCUUCCGAGGGAGCAGUUCUUGAUACCGAUGAUGCAAAACCAGAGACAGGCGACAAUGGUCCCGCAAAAUCCAGAAAGAAGCGUCGCCGAAAGAAGCAUGGCAAGGCUUCAACUACGGACGGUGAUACAUCGGAGAAUCAGCCACUACUUCGAUAA